AUGUUUGGUUGUGAAAAAGGGGGCAAUGCACAUGGAAAAGGAGGAAAGAAACUCUAUCGCGAUGUACUAGGAGACAACAUCCAGGGCAUCACCAAGCCGGCAAUUCGCCGCCUAGCGCGACGUGGUGGUGUGAAGCGUAUCUCUGGACUAAUCUACGAGGAGACUCAUGGAGUUCUGAAGGUGUUCUUGGAGAAGGUAAUUUGA